AUGGGAAUGGGUAUAUUUGAUGCGUUUGCCUCGGCAAAGAACGGCGAAAUGAACGCCGAUGCCCUGGACGAGAACACCAAGGGGGACAAAGCCCUCUUAGUGCGUAUCAUGCGGGUGCUGUGUGCGAACCACGUCUUCGAAGAGACGGGGGUAGAGAAAUACCGGGCGCUGCCGCUAGCGAUCAUGUUCGCUUCUAAUAAUCCGCCGAGUGAGGUCAUCAAACAUUUCCAUUCGGACAUGAAGGCUUCGGUCCACUCCUAUGACUAUUUUGAGGCAAGGGGAUACCGUAACCCUCAAGAUGCCUACGACACGACCUUCCAGCUUGCCUUUGGAACGAAGGAACAUUACUUUGAGUGGAUACAGCACAACCCAGAGGAGCUACAUGCCUUCAAUACGGUGAUGGAGAUUGGCAAUCGUUCCUUGGAAGGUGUGCAAUGGUAUGACUACUAUCCAUGGCAGGAGAACCUGGCCACUACCGAUAACACAAACCGUGUCCUCCUGGUAGACAUCGGCGGUGGCAAGGGCCAUGAUCUUUCAGGCUUCAAGCGUAAAUUUCCCGAGGUAAAGAACCCGCUGAUCGUGCAGGAUCUCCCUGGAGUUAUUGGGGAUAUUCAAGAGCCGCUUAUUCAAGGUGUCAACGCUGUUGGUCAUAAUAUGUUUGAUCCACAGCCCGUUAAAGGGGCUAAGGCAUAUUAUAUGCGAACUGUCCUACACGACUGGCCUGAUAAACAGGCUCUGCAUGCUCUUGGCCAUCUUCAUGAUGCCAUGGCUGCUGACUCCGUGCUGCUGAUCAAUGAAAAUGUCUUACCCGAAAUGAAUGCAUCGGGAUUUUCUGCUUCCAUGGAUAUUAUCAUGAUGGAGCUGUAUGGAUCCUUGGAAAGGACUGAAAAGCAGUGGCUUGAACUGUUGGAGAAGGCUAAAUUUCGGGUAGUCAAAGUAUGGCGGUCGGGUUUCCAGGGAACUGGUUCCAAUGCGUUAUUCGAGGCGGUGCCUGUUUGA